AUGGGCACAAUCAUGCGUAACCAUGGCCAUUGGAUGCCUGGUAUAAUGCAGCGCUAUCGCUCCACAACGGCUACGACGACCUGCGCUGUAGACACUCCCUCAGGCACCACUCACGCCAUCUUAAACAGGCGUUCUCCUGAUGGGACCCCAAGACGCUCUGAGAUCUGUCGACGACUCGACGCUUACUAUGGGUUGUGUUACAACCGUCUCUACCUCAGGGAAGAUUCCUUCGAGGAGCUAUCUUCUCGAUACCAGUUCCUUUGGCCUUUCCGUCAAGUCAUUUUUAACCUCACAGUCGAAGCUCGGCUCUGCGCCACGAUUUGUGGCGCUACGUUAGACGAACUGCUAGACUCGCUAUGA